GCAAGCUCAACUACAGUUUAAAACACCAUGUCUCAACCUAAGCCUUCAAUUGUGAUUGUCCCAGGAGCCUGCGCUCUACCUGAACUCUACGAUCCGGUGACUACAAGAAUCGCAAGCCAGGGUUACGAUAUCCACACAGUCCGGCUACCCAGCGUGGGCCCCAGCGAUGGCCCCCUCCCAGAGCCCGGUACCAUGUAUGACGAUGCGGCGGCGAUUGCGCGUGAGAUUAAACGGCUAGUGGAACAAGGAAAGGAGGUCGUUGUGGUGGCGCACUCGUAUGGCGGGACGCCCGCCAGCCAGAGCAUCCAGGGUCUGAUCAAGAGGGAGGGCAGUAAGGACGCUGGUGGGGUGAUACGCCUAGCGUAUAUGACGGCCGUGGCGCCUCCCGAGGGUAGGUCGACUGCGGACGUAUUGGGUAGUCUUCCUAUGGACAUUUCCGUCGAUGACCAAGGAUGGAUGAGUCUCGUCGACACCGCAGCCUUCGCAGCCACAGCCUUCUCCGAUAUGCCCCACGACGAGGGCAUGACAUGGGCUCGACAGUUCACACACCAUUCAGCAGCCAGCUUGGCUAAUGCCUUGACGUAUGCCGGGUACAAGAAUGUCCCCGUCGCGUAUUUGCUGUGCACUGACGACUUGGUUAUCUCGCCAGACGUGCAGCAGAAGAUGAUCGAUACGGUUGCAAGCGAGAGUGGGCGGGAGGCAGACGUGACAAGAAUUCCCACUGGCCAUGUUCCCGUUGCAAGUGCUCCGGAACUCGUGGUGGAUUGGAUCUUGAAAAUAGUUGGCUGGGAGGAGAAGUGAGACAGUCGUUGUGGAAGAGCCCAGUGUUAAUUAGGCAUAUGAAAAUAUA